GCUGCUUAGCCGGGGGUAUUACGUCAUCCUUGUCUUUGAUGGUGAACUCGACGACAACCGGCCCUCCCCUGUCCUCCCCGCCGCUGGUACCCUCCUUCGCUUACCAGGUCUCUGUCUACCUACCUCUCGGCGUCUUUUGUCCUCGGGGUCGCGUGUCCUUCUCCGGAUUCUGCGCAUCCGUACUCCAAAAGUCGUCAAAGGCUGGUUCACUAGCUUUGCUGCCCUCCCAAACUCAUCUCGCUCCCUCCUUGGUCUCUCGAUGCCCUCCGAGCCGUCAGCCACCGCUGCCCGCUCCAAGUUAGGCGCCUAGCCAACACCAUGCCGUCGCCGCCGCGAGCCGAAGCUUCCGGCAGCUCCCUCGAUCCGGGGAAGCCGAAGUCGGCCACCGCGGCCGAGUACGGCGAGAAUGACGCCGCCGAGGACACGCCGCUCCUGCGGUCCGGCUCCAGCUCGCUACGAGCAGGCAGCGUGUCCAUCGCCAGCGCCUCCGAGUACGGCCGCGAGCAAGACGACGCCACCGACUCGCUAGACCUCGACACCCCGAACCAGACGGUGAGCCGCGGCCGCGCCGUCGCCAUCGUCUUGAGCGUCUACCUCCUCAUCUUCUUGAUAGCGAGCAACAUGUCGGGCAUCACGAUGGCGCAGUCUAUGAUCGCGGCGGACCUCGACGCGUACGAUGAGGCGGUCUGGUUCGCGGCGGCCUUUCUCGUCGCCAUGUCGUCGUCGACGCCGGUCGCCGGCAAGCUCGCGUCCGUGUUCUCGCCGCGCGCCGUCGCGCUCGCCGCUUCGGCCCUCUUUGCCACCGGCUGCGCCGCCACUGCCCGCGCUCCCUCCUUCGCCGCCUUCGUCACCGGCCGCGCCCUCUCCGGCGUCGGCGCCGGUGGCGUCACGGUCCUCGCCGUCGUCCUCAUCCUCGAGCUCGCGAGCAAGCGCCAGCGUGGGCUCUUUUUCGGGCUGCUUAAUGCCGGCUUCACCACCGGUGUCUCGCUCGGGGCCGUCGUCUUCGGCGGAUUAAUAUCCGUGACCGGCUGGAGAGUUUUGUUCUGGAUCCAGACCCCGCUCAGCUUAGUCGCCGGUCUAGGCAUAUACCUCAGCGUGCCCAGCUCGUUUUCGUCGAGCCAGAUCUUGAAGGAGGAGAGGGCCACGCUGGCCACGAAGCUGAAGCGGAUCGACUAUCUCGGCGGGCUGUUCCUGUCUGCUACUGUCAUCCUCUUUCUGUUCGGCCUGUCGGGUAGCAUCCGCGUCGUCCCUCUCGUCGUCUCGUCGGGGACACUCGCCCUGUUCGUGCUCAUCGAGUACUACGUCGCCGUCGACCCCAUCAUCCCGAUCGCCGUCCUCCAGAACCGCGGCGCCCUGCUGUUGUGCAUCUCCCAGCUGGGUUUCAUGGCCGCGCGCUGGACCGUGCUAUUCUACGCCCCGAUCACGGCCCUCGCCGUCCGGGGCUUCGCCCCCGCAGCUAGUGGCAGCAUGCUUAUCCCUACGAACCUCGGGUUCGGGAUGGGCGGGCUCCUCGUCGGCUGGCUGCACGUGCGCCAUACGGGAAGCUUCUGGUUGUCGUGCCUGGUGUCUCUCGCCUUGUUCGCGGCGAGCCUGUUCGUGCUCUCGCUCAUCUCGACGGCGGACGCGCCCCUGGCGCUGUAUGUGGCAGCCGUCUUCGCCAACGGCCUGUUCACCGGCGCCGGGCUCAACUACACGCUCGCGCACCUCCUGCACCUGACGCCGCCCGAGACCCACUACGUGGCGACGAGCCUGCUCGGCACCUUUCGCGGCUUCGCCGGCAGCUUCGGCAGCGCCAUCGGCGGCGGCAUCUUCGCGCGCACGCUGCGCGCCGCCCUCGAGAGCGGGUUCGGCGCUCUCGACGGCCACGGCGGCAGCGGCGGGCCGCCGCCGCCCGACCGCGCCGAGCUGAUCCGCAAGCUCGUCGGCAGCCCCGCGCUCGUGUUCCACGGCGGCCUCGCCGACGCCGAGCGCGCCGUCGCCGUCAGCGGCUAUGUCGACGCCCUGCGCGUCCUGUUCCAGGCCGCCGUCGUCCUCUCCCUCGGUGUGCUCGUCAUCCAGGCGGCUACCGGGUGGAAGGCGGGCACGUCGGACAAAGCGAAGAUAGACCGGGACGAGGCCAGCGUCCUGGGCGGCGACGCCGAACGCGACCGCGAGGCUGAGGGGAGGCAGUAAUGGCGAGUGAGUGAGUCCUCCGAUAGGCAGAUAGACAUACAGAUAGAAGAGCGACGUCGAGCUUCUUUUACUAAAGGGGAGGGGGGG